CCCGCCUCAGCGCAGGCCCCAGAUUGGGGCUGAUGCCCCCCAAGCGCCGGUGGGCCCGGGGCUGAUAUGGGCGCGCGGCGCGUCAUGCCGUCGCCCCCGUGUGUGCUGUAGGUUCCCUUUAACCCGAACUUUGGCCGAAGCGAUGCUCAGGCUGCGCCUUUUGACCUGGGACGUGAAGGACACGCUGCUGCGGCUCCGGCAGCCCGUGGGGCUGAGUUAUGCGGCCGAGGCUCAGGCCCACGGCGUCCAGGUGCAGCCGGAGGCGCUCAGCCAAUCCUUCCGUGCGGCCUACGGGGCCCAGAGCCGCCGCUUCCCCAACUACGGCCGGGCCGAGGGGCUGAGCUCCAGGCAGUGGUGGGUGGAUGUCGUCAAGGAAACCUUCCGGCUCACGGGUGUGCACGAAGAGGCGGUGCUCUCACUGAUAGCGGAAAACCUUUACCGGGACUACUGCAGUGCACACAACUGGGAGCUGCUGCCAGAAGCCGGGGAGACCCUGAGCUGGUGCCGCCAGCACGGCCUCCGCAUGGGUGUAGUCUCCAACUUUGAUAACCGGCUGGAAAGCAUCCUGGUGCAGUGCAACCUGCGGCACCACUUCCACUUUGUGCUCACCUCUGAGGCUGUGGGUGUUGCUAAGCCAGACCCGAAGAUCUUCAAGGCAGCCCUACGCCUUGGUGGAGUACUGCCUGAGCAGGCGGCCCACAUUGGAGAUGACUACAGCAGGGAUUACAGGGCGGCACGGGAAGUGGGCAUGCACAGCUUCCUGCUCCACACCCCUGGGCAGAGCACACAGCCAGAGGUGCCGCCGGCACACAUCCUGCCCACACUGAGCCACCUCCUGGCUGUCAUCGAGAAGGGGUAGCAACAAGAGCUGCCCUUGAGAAGAACCAGUGCUGCUGCUGAGUGGCGAUCCGCUCCUGGACUGUGACUUCUUGCUGGUGUUUUGGGGUAAGGAAAAGAAACAAGCGCUUCUGAGCAUGGGGAGAGGCCCUGCCCCCAUUGCAGGAGCAACAUUCAGGCAAUAAAAUGUACCUGGCACACUCA